AUGACAUUACAAAAGUCUUUACCUACUAAAGAAUUUUCAUCCCGGUCGGAAAAUUUGUUUGGCGUUAACCAACAAGAGAAGGAAGGUUGGGAAAUUGUGCAACAUUCCUUCGAAGGAAAUUUGUUACCGAUAGAAAUUGAAGAUAACAGUUCCAUUAUUCAACUUCAUAACUCUUCCUCCGAGAAAGCUAUUAUAAAUAAUUGCAAUAAUAUUAAAUCUAUUUCAAAUAAAACUUCUUCUACAUUAGUUAUUGAUAAUAAACCUGGGCAGAAUACUACUCGAGCAAAAAACAAACUUAAUUCUAGUUCUCAUAAUAAGCAAGUCGUUAAUAAUAAUUUAAAAGAAAAACGAAAGUCAAUUGGUACUAUCUCACGCACAAAAACUGAAUUGGAUAAAAAAAAAUCUAUAUCAUCUCAAAAGACUAAAAAAACAAAAACUAAUAUGUCAGCAGAAACUGGUGAUGAUGUUCCCUCCUUGGGAGUUGACAAUCUAUUAAAUAGAAGGCAUUCUGCUCCUCCUAAAUUAACCUUGGCUUUUAAAAACCGUCAUCUAAAGGAACGACCAAGUCCAUUGAGAACUACUAUCACUUCUUCUGACGCUUCCUCAGCUCCCCUAAUUUUGUCACCAAAGAUAUUAGAAUUACGUCGUUCUGAAACUUUUCAAUCAAAGUCAUCAACCAGUAAUGAUGAUAUCAAUAAUAAUUCCAAUGUUAGCGAUUCCAAUAAUGUUAAGAAUAUAAAUACAAAGAAAACAAAAAAAAUUGAAGUUAAAAAUGAAGCAAAAAAUGAAAAAUCUAUCUCUAAACCACGUCGCAAGAUGACCGUCAAGAGUCCAACAAGAAAAAAUACUCUACAAAAAGGUGAAAAUAUGGAUGUAAUAAUUGCCAGAUUGGAAGAACAAAAUUCUUCAUUACCUCCACAGGAUUCUACUGGAUUUCUUCUUGCUCGUCUUGAAAGACAAAAUGAUAUGUUGGAUAAUGACCCUAAAUUUAAGGCAAAUCUAGAAACUACAAUUCCUGCCAUUAUCAUUGAACAAUCAUCUGAUGAAGUAAUUCUUCCUGUACUCGAUGGUGAAAACAUCGACUUGGAUUUCUGGACUGCAUUAAUUCAAGAUUAUACUUCAGUGGCAACGAAACUACCUCAUCUCCUAGCCGCAAAAUUACAAGAAGGUUUACCACAAGAAUUGAGAGGUUUAUUAUGGCAAUCAAUGUGUCAAGCUUCUUCUACCUACCUGGAAACCAUGUAUUCUCAAUUAUUAUCAGAAUCAUCACCUUAUGAUAAAAUAAUUCAACGAGAUCUCGCAAGAACAUUUCCUACCAUUGAAAUGUUUAAAGAAGAAAAUGGUAACGGUCAAACAAUGCUUUGGAAUGUACUAAAAGCAUAUAGUUUAUAUGAUCCUUUGGUGGGAUAUUGUCAAGGAUUAGGUUUCUUGGUUGGACCAUUAUUAAUGAACAUGGGUGAAGCUCAAGCCUUCUGCGUAUUUGUUAGAUUAAUGGAAACAUACGAUAUGCGUACUAUGUUUACCUUAAAAAUGGAAGGUCUUCAACAAAGGCUUUAUCAAUUCUCCGCACUUCUCUCACAAAUAUGCCCUGAACUUCAUGCUCAUUUUCAAAAACAUGGAGUUCAUCCCGCUAUGUACGCUUCUCAAUGGUUUUUGUCACUAUUCGCUUAUACAUAUCCAUUACCUUUGGUAUAUCGAAUUUAUGAUGUUGUAUUUGCUGAAGGUGCACCAGAAACUAUUAUGCGUGUGGCCAUUGCUCUAUUGAAAAAUAAUGAAGCUAAAUUAUUGAGUUUUGAAGAAUUCGAAGAUUUAUUGGAAUUCUUGACAUCCAAACUUUAUGAAUCUUAUAAUAAUGAACCAACAGGAUUAAUUAAGGAUGCCAUGGCAUUAAGUUCAGUGAUUACCAAGGCAAAACUGGAUCAACUUUCCGAUGUAUAUGUAAAAGAUUUAGAAGAUCAAAAGAAGCAUACUGAGGAAUUGGCUGCAAGUUCAAGGUCAAGAAGUUCUGUAAACACGAUACACGAUGUAGAAUCGUCCUCAAGCGAAAACAUCAAUACCACCGCAAGUGACCAAUCUUCAAAUUCUUCAGAAAGUGAAGCAAUUCCAUCAUCUACUCCCACCACAACAUCAUUCUUUUCAAAUAGUGCUACUAUGGGAGUUUUACAUCAACAAAUCGAAGAUCUCGUUACUGCGCUUUCACAGUUACAAAAGGAACAUGCGGAUGUAACUGAUCAAUUGGUGAAUAUGAAAAUGGAGAAAAUGGAUCUGGUUACCGAAGCUGAAGAAAUGAAAUCAAAACUUCGAGGUUUGGAGAAAGAAAAUAAGCGAAUGUCUUCAGCUUCCGUGCUUUCAAUUGAUUCAGCUACGACUUUAAAUGAUGAAAGCGUUGGACGACAUUCUUCCAAAUUUGCAUCAUCACCAUUCGAACCAACAGUUGAUCAAUUUAUCAAACAACAAAUUUCUUAUUUGACAGAAUCUCCACGUAUGACUCGACGUUCAUCGGUCCCCACUUAUAUUACAAUGAUAAAUUCGUUAAAUCCCGAAGAUCAAAAGUUUGGAAAGUAUAAUCUUGAAGAUUGGGCGAUUGAAUUAAAGAAAUCUUUACAACGAGAAGCAGAGCUUACCGAAGAAUUAAAUAGAGUCAAACGAGGAAAGGAUGAUCUCUUGCAUGAUAAUAUUGAAUUAAUUAAACAUGUUGAAGAAUUGGAAACGGUUAUCACUAAUACCACCCAAUCACAUAAAGCAUUACUCGAUAAAAAUAUCUUUUUACAAACGGAAAUUGAACGACUUGAUGUUGAAGCAACACAAGCAUUAUAUGAACAAAGUACUAUGGAAAGUGAUGUUAAAGAUGUAAAAAUUUUAAGGUUUGAUAAUGUAAAAUUGUCCAAAGAGAAUGAAAAAUAUAAGAAAGAAAUCGAAAUUUUAAAAGCAAAAUUAUCAUGGCAACAAGGAGUUGAUGAAGAUAAUAAUAUUACCACUUCUAAUACUAUCUCUAUGCCCAUAAAUCCUCGACGUACAUCAUUUUUAAAUUUUUUCAAUCCUUCAAAUGAACGUGUAACAUGUUCAAAGGAUUGUGUCAAACGUGUAGAAAAUGCGGAAGAAACUCUUAAACAAGUACAAUCAAUGUUAUUAGAAAGUGAGAAUGCUCGAAAUUCUAUGAGCGUACAAUUGGAAGAAUUAAAUCAUUUGAUAAAUGGAUUUGCCGAUAUUUCGGAAAUUGAGCCAUUUGAUCCUGAAGAGAUAUCCGUCAAUGUAAAUGCACAAUAUCCAUCAGUGAAACCCAAACCCGAAAAUCGACUUUCUUCGUCAUUAUCAUUGGCUUCUUUCUUCGCCAAUUCAUAA